UGUGUUUCGUUGCUCUUUUGUUGCUCGUAUAUACAUACUCAUCGUGAAUUUUGUAAAGUUAUAAUUGUUUAAUUUUUAAAGAGAGUAGGGAAGUUAGAAUGGCUAUUAACGUACACAAUUCAGAAUUUGAUUUGGCUUAUAGAGGUGAUUUUGAAACAUUAAAGUUGAAAGUUUGUGAUCAUCCAGAAGUUCUAUCGCUUCGAGACUCGGAUCAAAGGCUGUUGCUUCAUUGGGCAGCCCUAGGAGGUCACGAUAUAAUUGUGGAGUACCUUCUGGAUAAGGGUUGUCCAGUUGACCCCAAGGAUGAUACAGAUAUGACCCCACUGAUCCUGGCGGCGUCGGCCGGGAAGGAGAAAGUGGUCCGUGUCCUUGUGUCCCGUGGAGCAUCUGUCAACGCCAGGAACAACGAGGGCCAUUCGUCACUGCAGUAUGCAGCAUCGAAAGGCUGGGGCAGCAUUGUGCAGCUGCUGCUGCAGAACGGAGCGGACGCGAACAUAGCGGACAAGCUGGGGGCCACGCCGCUGCACCGGGCGGCGUCCAGGGGCAACACGGAGGUGGUGAAGAUGCUCCUGGCCCACCCGGGGAAGACAGAUGUCAGCAUUGCAGACAGAUACGGGAACACACCGCUACACCUCGCAUGCGAGGAGAACCGUGCAGAAGAAGCUAGGCUACUGGUGAUGAACGGUGCGCCGCUGGACAAACAGAACAGGGAGAAACUAACGCCACUAGACCUCGCUCCCUCUGUGCUCUCUCGUCAGCUAGUAACCCUGCGAGAACAGUAAUAUUACUUCUCGUUUUGUUAAUAAAUUAUUUUACAUCCUA